GAGAGAGAGAGAGAGAGAGAGAGAGGAGAUGGCACAUCGGUCGAGCAUCCAAAACACACGGGAGUGGUUCGCCACCGAGACCGGAGCCUCGGACCCACCCGGAGCAGCACCGCACCCACCGCGCUGCCCUCACGCCUCCCCGCCGCACGGCAGCGCCUCAGCCCCGGUAAGAGGCAUUAAUCAUCACUCCCUCCGUCUCUGCAUGUGAUUCCUCCGUGAGGAUUGGAAGGAGAGUACCUCGACUGCGUUUCCUCAAUGAAGACCUUUGUUCCCCAACAUCCGGCACAGCGCCCUUCUCCACCUGCCAUGGUGACAUGACACACCCCUGAGUGGCCUUGCUCCUUUUCUCGCACACCAAGACAAUCUCUUGGGCUCCUCAAACCCCCGAACUGGUGCACACACUCUAUCUAGGCUCCAGCAGACUAAAAAAGACAUCUCCCCCUCCUACGCAUAACACCUCCCCCCUCCACGAUGACGGUGGCCGUGCGAUUCCGUCGCCACCUGCGUAGGCUCCUGCUCCUACUGGCCUCCUGCUGUCUCCUCUCUCUCCUCCUCUCUGCCUACUUUCUUUUUACAAACUCCUCCCCUUCCAUGCAGCUUGGACAAUCCCCCGAACCUGCCUGCUCCCAGCCGCUCUCCCCGUACCAUCAACUUCCAUACCCGUACCCCCCUAACCCCCCUCACACGCAUAUCCACACUGACCCAGUGGUGCUUGUGCUUGUGGAGUCCCAGUACUCCCAGCUGGGUCAGGACAUUGUGGCUAUUUUGGAGUCAGCACACUUCCAGUUUCGCAUGGAGAUCGCCUCAGGGAAGGGCGACCUUCCUCCGCUGACAGAGAAAGGUCGUGGCCGAUAUUCACUCAUCAUAUAUGAAAAUCUAUUAAAGUAUGCACAUGCAGACACGUGGAACAGACAGCUGCUGCAUCAAUACUGUACUGAGUACAGAGUGGGCAUCAUAGGUUUCUACCGCUCCACCGAGAACUCCCCACCGCUCCUCAAACUCAGAGGCCUCCCGGUGGUGCUUCGGACCAACCAGGCACUUUGGGACUGCUGUGUGGUGUCUAGCUCACCUCUCCUCCAUCUGACCAAGCCCGGCACGGAUCGAGGGGCUUUACCCGGGGACGACUGGACCUCCUUCUCCUCCAACCACUCCACCUACCAGGCUGUGCUGCAUGCACGGGCCAAGGAGGGAGCAGGGGCAGGUAGUGGCGAUAAUCCAGGGCCUGGCUUUAGUUUAGGCCUCCAAGCCACCGUGGUGCAGGACAUGGGACUCUAUGAUGGGGUGAGGAGAGUGCUAUUUGGCCAGGGACUAGGCUACUGGCUCCACAGACUCAUCCUGGUGGAUGCCAUCUCCUACCUCACAGACAGGAAGCUUACUUUGGGUCUGGACCGGCACAUACUGGUGGAUAUAGACGACAUUUUCGUGGGGAAGGAAGGGACACGAAUGAACGCCAAGGACGUGAAGGCUCUUCUUGAUACUCAAAAACAGCUGCGUUCUCAGAUCUCCAACUUUACCUUCAACCUGGGCUUCUCAGGGAAGUUCUACCACACAGGCACGCUGGAGGAGGAUGAGGGAGAUGAUUUACUAUUGAAGUACGUGGAUGAGUUCUGGUGGUUCCCCCACAUGUGGAGCCACAUGCAGCCUCACCUCUUCCACAACGAGUCCUCACUCCUGGAGCAGAUGGUCCUCAACAAGGAGUUUGCUCUGGAGCACAGCAUCCCAGUGGACAUGGGCUACGCUGUGGCGCCUCACCACUCAGGUGUCUACCCGGUUCACCUGCAGCUCUACAAGGCCUGGAGACGUGUGUGGAACAUCCAAGUGACCAGCACUGAAGAGUACCCCCACCUCAAACCAGCGCGCUACCGAAAGGGCUUCAUCAGUAACAACAUCAUGGUGCUGCCCCGCCAGACGUGUGGCUUGUUUACUCACACCAUCUACUAUAAGGAAUACCCUGGUGGACCUAAAGAACUGGACAAAAGCAUCCGUGGGGGAGAGCUGUUUCUCACUGUGCUUCUCAACCCGAUCAGUAUAUUCAUGACCCACUUGUCUAACUAUGGCAAUGAUCGACUGGGCCUUUACACAUUCGUCCACCUUGCCUCCUUCCUUCGCUCGUGGACAAACUUGAAACUCCACACACUCCCACCCCUGCAGCUUGCACACAAGUACUUCCAGCUUUUUCCCGAACAAAGGAACCCGCUCUGGCAGAACCCAUGCGAUGACAAACGACAUAAAGACAUCUGGUCUAAAGAGAAAACCUGUGACAGGUUACCCAAGUUUAUGGUCAUAGGCCCACAGAAAACAGGAACGACGGCACUUUAUCUCUUCCUACUGAUGCAUCCCUCCAUCUCCAGUAACUUCCCCAGUCCAAAGACAUAUGAGGAGGUCCAGUUCUUCAACACCAAUAACUACCACAAAGGAAUUGACUGGUACAUGGAGUUUUUCCCCGUGCCCUCUAAUGUUAGCACGGACUUCCUGUUUGAGAAAAGCGCGAACUACUUCCCCUCAGAGGAGUCUCCGCGUCGAGCUGCUGCCCUGCUGCCAAAGGCCAAGAUCAUCACCCUGCUCAUCAACCCCUCUGACAGGGCCUACAGCUGGUAUCAGCAUCAAAGAGCUCACGAGGACCACGCAGCCUUGCGGUUCACCUUCUACGAUGUCAUCAGUGCAAGAGUGGGAGCACCGGCCGAGCUCCACUCCCUGCAGAGCCGCUGUCUCAUCCCCGGUCUCUACUCCUCACACCUAGAGAGGUGGCUCACUUACUACCCUGCUAACCAGGUGAUGAUUAUAGAUGGCCAUCAGCUGAGAACUGACCCUGCGGCAGUGAUGGAUGAAGUCCAGAAGUUCCUGGGAGUCACCCCUCACUUCAACUACUCCCAGGCCCUUACGUUUGACCCUCAGAAGGGCUUUUGGUGCCAGCUCCUUGAAGGAGGAAAGACAAAAUGUUUGGGAAAAAGCAAAGGGAGAAAGUACCCUCCUAUGGAGCCAGAGGCACAUGCAUAUCUCUCCAGGUACUACAGGGAACACAACGUGGAGCUGUCAAAGCUGCUGCAUCGCCUCGGACAGCCCCUUCCCUCCUGGCUAAGAGAAGAGCUGCAGAAGGUUAGAUAACCUUUGCAUCCAUGAACCAGGUUUAAAGGUCAAGGGGUCAGGAACCAGGAGCACCUGACCUUCAGAUGAUCAAUCUGUGGCCUUUUAGUGAACCCCGAGGUGAGGGCAAGGACAAGGUGCCUUGUUUCACCUAGGAGCUGUGACACAGCUGGAGGGAGCAGCGGGCUGAAGCUGAGCUCAUGGAAGGAUGAAAGGCUGGAUGGAGGAACCAGAGCUUCAGGGGACUCUGCCAGUUCUGCAGAAAGUCGAACUAUAAGGAAGAGCCACAUUAUCAGGAUGAAGAGAACCACGAUAGACAAGGAGCAUUUGGCGAGUCUCUUAUGCUCAAACCCUGUUCUGAACUGUGAUGAACUCUCGUGAUGAGCUGCACUGACUUGUAAUAACUGAUAGUUAUUGCUUUUUGUUUAAUUUUCACCUCUAAUUUAUAAUGCCAGAGCAGCGCUGGUCAGCUGUGCGUGGUUCCCAUAGAGAUGACUUUGCUCUAAGUUCUGUUCCAUGCAUCUCCAAGACAAAAAAAAGCUCCCCCUUUGUGAUUUUGUUUUUCUAUCUUUUAGUUGUUUUUUUUGUCACAAUGAGAGUGAAUAAGCAGGGGGGAUGAGUGCAUAGACUCAGGGUGAGUGACAGAAUUCCCACUAUAGGUUUUCAUUGUUUUAUGAUUACAUUUUUAUAGUGAAGCUAGUUUCUGGUAGAUCCCGUAGCCUUGUUCACCUUUAGAGAAGUCAGUUGAGGCUUUCACUGGAAAGUAUGGCCUUGAAAUAAGUCACUGAAGCAAGAUGCAUUGCCCUCUCAUUAUUUCCCUGUGACAAGCCAUGCAGAAGAACGCGGUGUCCAUUUAGCAGAGCAUGAGCGCUGAGGGCACAUGAGUUUGUGGGAAGAAAGCAGACCAAAAUGAGCCUAAUGGAUAUGCCACUUAAUUCCAAGACUCUUUAAGUAGCUACUGUAACCGCAGGCUGAUUUUGUUUUGUCAGUGUUUCAUUUAAGUCUCAACCUUUUUUUUUUCCCCUUUUUUUUAACCAAUGGCCUAUGUUGUUGAGCUUCUAUUUGAAUGCAAAAAAAUCCUAAAUGUCAGACACAGAAAUCGAAAUUAAAGAAAUGGAUAUU